AUGGCACUUUCCAUCCUAGAACGCAAUGUGAGUCAAACACAUAGUUAUGUGGUUGGAGUUUUCAAUCAAAAUGGAAAAUAUGAGGUCAUGUGGAAUCCAUUAGAUAAGACUCUAUCUUGUAGUUGCAGAAAGUUUGAGUCAUUUGGUAUUUUAUGUAGGCAUGGUUUGAAAGUUCUUGAUGUAUUAGAUAUCAAGUUGAUUCCUAAUAGAUAUAUCAUGAAGAGGUGGAGAAGAGAUGCAAAAGAUGGAAGCGGAAAAAAUUGCACAACACAUAACAUUAACUCAGAUACUCAACUGGAAUAUGUAGAUCGAUUUCGAAAUUUAUGUCCAAAAUAUAUUCAAUUGGUGAAUGAGGCGUGUGAAACUAAAGAAGUCCAUAAUAUCCUAAGCUUAGCAAUUGCAGAUUUGAAAAAAAAACUUUGUGACCUUAGGAAUUGCAAAGCUAAUGUAGAAGAAGACAUCAUUAGGCCUUCCACUGAUUUUGCAAACAAAAAAGAUCAAUUAUGUGCUUCGAUUACGAUUGUACCAAAAGGGAUAAAGAAAAGAGAGGUUCAUCGUAAUAAAAAGCGUAGGACGAAAUCAUGGAUAGAAAAGAUGAGGAAACCAAAGGAAGGCACAUCAAAGAAGCAAACAAAGAAAAGAAAAGUGCAGGAGGAAAUAUAUGCACAUGACGUCAUGGCACAAAAGGAAACUGAGGAUAUAUUUUCUGGAAAUAUUACUAGUUUUACACAACUUUUAAUGUCGGUUUCUACAAGUUCUGCAGUACAUCAAGGAGGCUCAUCUGCAAGUGUUGCAUUAGCAUCACAUUUAGAGAGUACAUCAAGUGUUGUAGGCUCCAACGACAAAAUUAAUGGCGCUGGAGGUCUCUUGACUCAAGAAAGUGUUGCAAGUGGAGGUCUCUAG